AUGGUCAAUCGGUGGCGAAACGAGCUUGAUCUAGACAAACUGGCCAUGUUUGAGGAGCUCCAUCUUGCGGAAAUACUGAAAGUCCCAUUCGCAUACUCUUGGUCUCCAGCUCUUAUAUCUAACCCGUUGGACUGGCCGUCUUAUGCCCCGAUAGACGUCAGCGGCUUCUUCUUCCGUGGCACCUCUGCAUUCGAACCUCCCAUGGAUCUCCAGGGUUUUUAUCGUCUGGUCCACCGCCAGUGA